UCUCCUGAUCAGGAAUCCAAUUAUACGGGAUUACAAGGAUAAGAUGUCCACUGUCUCCUGCAACACACGGGGAGAAAAGAGAGAGAAUGUAAACACACAUCUUUAUUUUUUCACCGUCAAACAGGAAUUCUGUCAUCAUCACAGGUGAAUUUCUAAUGAAAGCAGUGACGACUGUGUCUUAAAGAUCCUUCCUCGCUUUCGAGUCGUCCCAACACUUGAGACUGGAGGUCAGAGAGUUUGUACCCUCUCCCCCAGGGUCCCUCCAACAAGGUGGAAAGGGGGGUCUGCCAAGUCAAACACAUGGAGGGAAGGCCUGUCUUGGCACUCAUGCUGGCCGUGCUGUUUUUGGUAACAGGUGCGAGCGACGAUGACCACUCGCACCGCAUCAGCACCUCUCAAUGCGGAGAAUACAGCAACCAGGUACUGGAGGAUGGCAUGUGCCGACUAAUGGCCACGCUGCCCCAGCUGGAUGACCAGCGCUGUCCGGACAUGUUUCGAUGUACGGAUGAGGUUUCUUACUGGCUUCAUGAGAACGAGGAACGCAAGCAGCAGAUCCUGGCCCUGCGGGAGACGGUGUCUGAACUUCAGGAGGAGCUUCGCAACCAUCGUCAUCGAGUUAAAUUGUUGGAGCUGCAGAGCGAAGAAAAGAACCGUAAUAACUCAUCCGUGGAACAGCGUUUGCAUGAACUGGAGGAUCAUUAUGCGGAGGCCACAGCUCUGUCGCACAUUCAGGGUUCAUUGAUCUAUGACCUUCAGGCCCAGAUUCAUAACCUUUCACUGCUGGUGGAAAAAGUGAGACGUAACCCAGGUUGCAUGAUCAACAUCGUCCGCACCAGCCCACUGCUUAGUGGACAAGAAGCCCUGCAUCCUGAAGUCCAGCAUGUCAGGAAUUGUCCUAUUGACUGUGCCUCCCUCUACUACAAUGGAGUACGUCGAUCUGGAAUCUACACUGUGGUGCCCUCGCUAGGGGCCAUGCCUGUGGAAGUCUACUGUGAUAUGGACAAAGACGGUGGUGGUUGGACUGUGAUCCAGCGUAGGCAAGACGGUUCUGUGAACUUUGACCGAAGGUGGAAAGAGUAUAAAGAGGGUUUUGGGGACCUCCAUACGGAAUACUGACUGGGUAAUGAACACAUCCAUGAUCUGACCCGUCAGGGUGACUGUACGCUCCGUAUCGACAUGGAGGACUGGAGCGGGAAGCACAAGCACGCGGUUUAUCAGAGCUUCAGUGUUGAGGAUGAGAACACGCAGUAUCGUCUGCAUGUGUCUGGGUUCAGUGGAACGGUGGAAGAUUCCUUCAGCUGGUACCAUGACAAACAAGGCUUCAGCACACCAGACACGGGCAACAUCUGUGCAGAGAUCUCCCACGCAGGCUGGUGGUAUAACCAGUGUUUUUACGCAAACCUCAAUGGCAUCUACUACAAGGGUGGCCGCUAUUCUCUGAAGGGGACGAACCCGCUUGGGCCCGACGGUAUCGUGUGGUACACCUGGAAAGAUUCAGACUACUAUUCUCUGAGGAAGGUGAGCAUGAUGAUCCAACCCAGAACCUUCCGACCGCAUCUAUCGCCCUGAAUCAGGGUGAACCAUGAGCCCAAACUUCAACCAGCCAAUCACAGUUCUCAGAGCCACAGAGACGAUGAUGAGACGGCAGAAGAGAGGAGACGAGAGGACCAUUUUUGGUUCAUUCCAAGGAAUAAAGUUUGAGAGUCAAAAUGAUUGCAAGUCAAUCUUUGUCAUUCAUUAAACCAUAUUUGAAAGUGUAACAUACAUGCUUAUAUUUUCUACACCCAAGAUUGUAAGAUUUAAAUACUUGACUUAUUUUGUAAAUGUGCAUUAUAAUUAGAUUUAAUUCCUGUAUGUUUUUUCUGUUAUAUGUUUCUGUUACACUGUGAAUGAUCUAAUGGGAAAAUGAGACUAAUAAACACAU